UCGAAACCGACAACCUUAACAUCAUCUCCAUCCCUCUCUGAGACAAGGAGAAAGCUAAUUAAGCAUGGCGCUUGCGAAUGAAUUCUGGGGUUUAUCUGUGAUGGACAAGGCGAAGGCGAAGCCGGUUUUGUUCCUUUCUUCAUCGAGUGCGCUGGUGAAUCUUGAGAACCGGGUUCACGCGAACCGGCUGCGUUUGAGGAGGGGCGGCGUGAGGAUCGGUCCAAUGGCGUCUGUGAGCGUUGAGCAGAGAGUGUUUAAGAUGGUUCCUGAGAAAGCGGUGAAGUUUAAGGUCAGAGCGGUGGUGACUGUGAGGAACAAGAAGGAGGCAGGGUUUAAGGAGGCUUUGAUCAAACGUUUGGAUGCUUUUACUGAUCAGUUGGGAAGGAACGUUGUGUUGGAGCUUAUCAGCACAGAAAUUGAUCCUAAAACCAAGGGUCCGAGGAAGAGUGAACCGGCGGUGUUGAAAGACUGGGCGGUGAAAACUGGGAUGAAAACAGAGACAGUUAAUUACAGUGCUGAGUUUGAAGUGGACACCAAUUUUGGGUGUCCAGGUGCUAUAACGGUGGUUAACAAACAUCAACAGGAAUUCUUUCUUGAAAAUAUUACUGUUGAAGGGUUUUCUAGUGGUCCAGUUCAUUUCCCCUGCAGUUCAUGGGUUCAGUCCAAGAAAAAUUAUCCCAGAAAAAGGAUUUUCUUCUCCAAUAAGCCAUACUUGCCUCAUGAGACACCUGAAGGUUUGAAAGCGUUAAGGGAGGAAGAGCUCAGAGAUUUAAGGGGAGAUGGCAGUGGCGUCCGGCAAUUACAUGACCGGAUUUUCGAUUUUGAUGUUUACAAUGAUUUGGGGAACCCUGACAAGGGUGUUGAUUUUGUUCGUCCCACGCUCGGCGGUGAAGCCAUUCCUUAUCCUCGGCGUUGUCGAACUGGUCGCCCGCCAUGCAUCACCGACCCAAGUUGCGAGAGCCGAUUGGAGAAGCCAGCGCAAAUGUAUGUUCCAAGGGACGAGCAAUUCGACGAUCCAAAGCGCGAUGCUUUUCUGAGUGCGAGGCUGAGGGGAACAAUGCACAAUUUACUUCCAGGGCUACAGGCGAAGCUGUCGGAGAAGAACAUGGAUUUUCAAGGUUUCCAGGAUCUUGACAGCAUUUACAGUGAAACCCUGUUUAACAAGCUAGGAAUUAAGGAAGAUGUCGUGGAGAAACUCCCACUGCCCAAAAUCGUCCAGAAGUUCAAAGACGCCGACGUUUUAAAGUUCAACAUUCCCACCAUCCUUGGAAAGGAUAAGCUGGCGUGGCUGCGAGAUGGCGAGUUCGCGAGGCAAAUGUUAGCAGGGAUCAGUCCUGUCCACAUCGAACGGCUUCGGGUUUUUCCUCCGGUCAGCAAGCUUGAUCCUGCGGUGUACGGGCCGCUGGAAUCUGCGCUCAAAGAAGACCACAUUCUUCCUUAUCUUAACGGGAUGAGUGUCCAAGAAGCCCUGGAUUCAAACAAGUUGUACAUUGUCGAUUAUCACGACGUUUAUUUGCCGUUUGUUGAUCGGAUUAAUGCCCUUGACGGCCGUGCAAUUUAUGCUACACGGACCAUAUUAUUCCUGACAGAUAAUGGAACUCUUAAACCAAUUGCUAUAGAGCUUUGCCUCCCCGCAAACGGCCCUGUUUCCCGGUCGAAGCGGGUCGUCACGCCGGACGGCAAUGCAACCUCGUUUUGGAUGUGGCAGAUAGCUAAAGCUCAUGUCUGGGCAAAUGAUGCCAGUGUUCAUCAACUUAUUCACCAUUGGUUGCGCACCCAUGCGUCCAUGGAACCUUUCAUUCUGUCUGCACAUAGACAAUUAAGUGCGAUGCAUCCAAUCUACAAGCUUCUCGAUCCGCACAUGAGAUACACGCUGGAAAUCAAUGCCUUGGCUCGCCAGACUUUGAUCAAUAACGAGGGCGUUGUUGAAUCUUGCUUCACUCCCGGGCGUUACGCGAUGCAGAUUAGCGCAGCGGCAUACAAGAGUUUCUGGCGAUUCGAUCUUGAAAAUCUCCCGGCCGACCUGAUUCGAAGAGGAAUGGCCGUGACAGACCCGACCCAGCCGCACGGGCUAAAGCUUCUGAUCGAGGAUUACCCGUACGCGACGGAUGGGCUCUUGAUUUGGGAGGCAAUUCAGAAGUGGGUCACGACUUACGUGAACCAUUACUACCCGGAUUCCGACCGGGUCUGCAAUGAUCGGGAGCUUCAGGCGUGGUAUUCCGAGGCGGUCAACGUCGGGCACGUUGACCUGCGUAAUGCGGAGUGGUGGCCCACUUUAGAAUCUCCAGCCGACCUGGCGUCCAUUCUCACCACCAUCAUUUGGCUCUGUUCCGCCCAGCACGCCGCGCUAAACUUCGGGCAAUACGCCUACGGCGGGUACCUGCCGAACCGGCCGACGCUAAUGCGGCGAUUAAUCCCCGACGAGAACGACCCGGAGUACGCCGUGUUCGUCUCCGACCCUCAAAAGUACUUCUUCAAGGCGCUACCGAGCAAGCCGGACGCGACGAAGCUGAUCGCCGUGGUGGAUACGCUGUCUACUCAUUCCCCGGACGAGGAAUACUUGGGAGAGAGACCGCAUCCUUCGACGUGGACCUCGGAUGCUGCUAUGGUCGAGGCGUUCUAUGAAUUCUCGGCGGAUAUUGGUCAGAUUGAGGAGGAGAUUGAUAGUCGGAAUCACAACCCGAGCUUGAAGAAUAGGUGCGGUGCCGGGGUUAUACCUUAUGAACUUCUUACUCCGAGCUCCGGUCCCGGGGUUACGUGUAGAGGUAUUCCCAACAGCGUCACUAUCUGAUUGUUCUAUAAAUCCAAUCAUGAAUGUAUCUAUAUGCAAGCUUGUUUUGUGUGGACAAUGUUGUUGAAUAUAUAUGAUGUACCUAGCUUAUUUAUGGUUUUAUCUAUGUGUUUUUAUUUUGUGUAAAAGUUUGCCCUUGAUCUGAACUCUUGUUAUUUUCAUUUUGGAAUAAUUAUGACUAUUUUUGUAAUCACUAA